AUGAGACUGUGGUACAUGCUAGUUGUGGCGUUAAUCGCCUUCGCUUGCUCGAAGGCGCGUCGAAUAACAUUACCCGAGCUCGAGGCGUACGAUCUGUUGCCAGCCGCGUCCCAUCAUCACAAGGGUCAUCACCACGAGGAGGGCCACGGUGGUGAGUCGCACGAGGAUCAUCACCACGAGCACGGCGACAAGGGACACAAAGGUUACAAACAUCACCACGAACAUCACAAGGGUGAGAAGGGUCAUCAUGACAAGGAGGGUCACCAUCACCAUUACGACGAGGAAGAUGGUCACAAGAAGCAUCACCAUCACGACGAUGGCUAUCAUCAUGAGCAUCACAAAGGCGAAAAGGGCGAGAAGGGACACAAGUUCCACGAGAAGGGCCACUUUGGCAAGGGUCACAGUACCAAGGGUCACCAUGAAAUUCACAAGCUAGACGAGUUCAAGAAGGACAAGGAGUUCUACGACGAGCACCACGAUCACGGUCACCACGAGGAUCACGGUGGCCAUCAUCACGAGCAUCAUCACAAAAAGGGCGGCCACCAUAAGAAGGGCCACCACCACAAGGGUCACCAUGAGGGUCAUCACGGUAAGAAGGGCCAUCACGAGAAGGGCCAUCAUCAUCACGAUCACAAGGGUCACAAGAAAGAAGGUGGUCACGACGAUCAUCAUCAUCAUCAUCACAGUUACGGCAAGAAGGGCGGACACGAGGAUCACAAGCACUGGCACCACAAGAAGGGCCACUGA